AUGGUCAGCACGGCGCACGACGCAGGGACGCGCCGGCGGCGGUCGCCCGUGUAUGCGCCACUGGCUGCUAAUUUCGUCGACGGACCGCCGGGCGCUCGCCACUGCUGCUGUGAACUCGAUCCACACACACGCCUUUGCAUGGAACACACAGCGGACAACAAGCGGUUUCGUAGCGAAACCGCUGCGAUUCGUCGUACUCUACGAUCGUUCGGCGGUUUAAUCCACAAACAGGCCCCAUAUUGCAACCUGUCUGCCAAUCGAUGCAUUUCCGGAUUCGUAAAGGUGCGAACGUUCCGGAACCUAUAG